AUGCCAGUCGUCAGAGUCUGUUUCAAGUCCUCCAACGGCAACGUACGCGAAGGAAACGUGUUGAUAGACAGCGGCGCGGGUAUCACAGUCAUCCGAAAGUCAUUCGCCAAAGCCCUGGGUCUCCAAGGGAAGAAAGAGAAGAUAAAUAUCGCAGUCGUUGGAGGAGAGAGAAUAACUCAAGACGACAGUCGCAGAGUAAAGUUUUGGAUUUCUCCAUUGAACAGAAACGAGUCGUUUCCAAUAGAGGCUCACGAGAUUGGCUACACCAUAAUCAACGUCCCCCCUCUUGAUCGCGCUUGGUUGAGCUCCUUUGAUCACCUAAAAGAUGUUGACUUUUCACAUCACGCUGGUCCGAUCGAUUUGAUUCUUGGUGUACAAUACAGCCACCUUCACGCCGAGAAUGAAGUACGUCAAGGUUUACCGUUCCAACCAAUAGCCAAAAAGACAAAGCUUGGAUGGCAUGUUAUUGGUCCUGACAACGCGAAGGGUUCACCCGACAACUACCUCAGCUUCGCAAGAAAAAUCAACCUGGAAACAUUCUAUGACUUUGAAACCGUUGGAGUUAGAGCUCCAGACUGUAAAUGUCCGGUAGACGUGAUGACCAACGACGGGAAAAAGGCCAUAGAACUGUUCAAGUCCUCGUGUAAGAAGUUAGACGGACGAUACGUGAUCGGACUACCUUGGAAGAAUGAUCCUGCAGGACUACCAAAUAAUUAUCCCUUGGCACGGCAAAGACUCGAGUCUUUAGAGAGAAGCUUACGAAGAAAUCCAACGAAAGCAAAGAUGUACAAUGAAGCAAUUAAGGAAUACGAGAAGAACGGAUGGGCCAGAAAGUUAGAAGACCAAGAAGUCAGAAAACCCCAUGCACACUAUUUACCUCACCACGGCGUCUACCGGCCAGAAAAGAAAAGCACGCCCCUCAGAAUCGUGUUUGACCCCGCAUCCCCCUACAAGAAUAUCUCGCUCAAUUCGUUUCUGUACAAAGGACCCUGUCUGAUUGGCGAUCUUCUGGGAGUUCUGCUACGCUUUCGAGAAGAAAAGGUGGCGUUUGUCGGGGACAUAUCGAAGAUGUUCUUACAAAUACUUCUGCCUGAAAGUGACUGCCAAAUGCAUCGUUUCUUAUGGAGAAACAUGGACACGACAAAGGAGCCGACGACCUACGCCCUACUCCGCGUUACCUUCGGGGACAAGCCAUCUCCAGACAUGGCGAGCUACGUGAUGCUCAAGAUCGCGGAGGAAAACAAGGAACGCACACCGGAGGCUUCCAAAAUCAUUGAGAGGGACCGGUAUGUCGACGACUUGAUCCAUUCAUGCCCGACUGUGCAAGAUGGAGAGAAGAGAAUCAAGGACGUAGAGAAGAUACUUGGAGAAGGUGGAUUCAAUAUAAAGGAAUGGCAUUGCUCCUCACCUGAACUCCAACAAACCGUGAAUGCGAAAAGAAUGAAAAAAACGCAAGAUCAAAUCUCACCUUCAUCAAGCGAAGUAAACCUCGACAAGCAAAGCGGCAUCAAAGCUCUGGGAGUUUCGUGGAAUCCGAUGUCUGAUACGAUUCAUUUUCAAGUCCAAUUAAAGAGAACAACCCCUUAUACGAAAAGAUCAGUCCUGUCAAACAUCUCUCGAAUCUUCGAUCCCCUCGGAUUAGCAACACCAGUAACGAUAAAAGCGAGAAUGGCGCUGCAGGAGAACAGUAAGACCCCAGCAGAGCGACAAGAUGGCCCCCUCGAGCCGAUGGAAAUCGAAUCAGCCGAAACACAUUGGAUAAAGUCAGCUCAGACGGAGCUUGGCGACUGGGAACAUCAGUACAAAGAUUUGGCCCCGUUCAAAGAAGACGGCGUAGUCCGCGUGGGAGGAAGAUUGGCUCGCUCUCCCUUGCAAUUUGACGAAAAUCACCCAGUGUUGCUACCAGUAAGCCACGUUAUAUCGAAGCUAGUCGUCAAAGACGCUCAUAACCGCGUCCUACAUGCCGGUCGCGAACGUGCGUUGUGUGAAUGUCGAAGAAAGUUCUGGAUUCCUCGUGGCAGAAAUUUGGUCAGGAAGAUAGUCAAAGAUUGUGUCACUUGUCGCAGACUUAGACAGUACCCGCAUACCACGCUGAUGGCUGACCUCCCUCCCGACAGAUUGAAGUUGUUUGCACCACCAUUUACAGUCACGGGCGUCGACCUGUUUGGUCCCUUCUAUUUGAAGUAUGGGAGAAACAAAAGAUAA